AUGGACACGCGCGAGGUGUCGCAAGACACCCAGAUUGCAGCUGCUCUGCGGAAUGCACAGCUGAUGUAUGAGAGCUCCAAAAGGAGAAACGGCCAGCUGGUUCAUUACCAUCCUUCGCUGCAGUCCAUCAUCGCAAAGUUUCUCGCCAUGAACCGGGGCCUCGAAGAGACCCAUUCCUCUGGGCAUACCAUUUCCAUGACACAACUGCCGCCACCAUACCUUCCUUCCGACCGCUUUCUUGAUGAGUUGCAACCGAUCCGCAUUACACAGAUGCGCCUCGGUGAGCACCAUCGUUCUACCAAGGUCUUUCUUCGUGUUCUGACACCGCCCAACCGUAUCAAUGCAAUACUGGCAGCUGUUGAGGACCUGGAGGGCACGACUGUGACUUUGCAGCUGUACCAUCAGCCCCCAGAGGCGACCAAUCCUUCCAAGGAGACCAUCCAGGUUGGACGUGUGCUUCUUCUCAAAGAGCCUUUCUUCAAGUGCGCCACAGACGGCACCUAUUCAUUGAGAGUCGAUCAUCUCGGUGAUGUUGUUUGGUUGGAGCCAUGCGAUGGCCGCAUACCAGACAUAUGGAAAACGACGGCUCCGAAAAUGAGCAGUGAAGCAGUACGGAUGCAAGGCAACGAAGUUGUGAAAAAAGCCUGCUGGGCCAAAGCAUUGCGUUUAUACUCAGACGCCGUUCGAUGUGCGGCUACACCCGAGGAAGCACAGCUGGCGUUCGUCAACCGCUCUUUGACCAACCUCAGGCUCGGCCGUCCGGAGCAAGCCCUUAUUGAUGCGAACAAGACGAAUGAGCAGAUAUCCCCAACGGAGAAGUCGACUUUUCGCGAGAUCCGAGCACUCUAUGAGCUCCGUUAUUUCGACCGCUGUCUGGAGCGACUCACGCAUUUCCUUGAAAACUGGCCCGAUAACAGCGAGGCAAAGGCGGAGAUGGCGCGUGUCAAGACAAGAACUAGUGAAAAGAACGACGGCGCCUAUUCAUUCUCACGCAUGUACAGGCAAGCCAACCAGAGUACGGCUCAGAUUGACUGCGGCACAUUCUCAGUGCCCGUCGAGGUCCGCGAUGCCCCUGGACGAGGACGAGGGCUUUUUACUACCAAGGCUGUUCGCGCGGGUGAUCUUUUGCUUUGCGAGAAGGCGUUUGUGUACAGUUAUUGCGACUUGAGCUCCGGUCGCUACUCUGUUCUGAUGGAUCUUGAGAGCAAACGAGGCUUUGCUGGCGCCCAGGCCGAAAUUCUCACGCAAAUGAUACAAAAUCUCUAUCAUAAUCCGGAAUACUCUCGUCCCAUUCUGAAUCUUCACCAUGGCGACUACAAGACAGUCGGCCGAGACGUUGCAGAUGGUAAUCCAGUCGUUGAUUCUUUUCUCGCCGCCAAAAUCAUGUCACUCAACGUUUUUGGGGCGCCGAGGACCAGUCGAGAGACGCUGUCAAAUCUUCUAAAGGAUAAAAGAGACGCAGACGGUGGCAAGGGCGGCUUCGGCACCGCAGGCAUCUGGAUCAAGGCAUCAUAUGUAAACCACUCCUGCGUUGGAAACUGCCGUCGCUCAUUCAUUGGAGACAUGCAAAUCUUGCGUGCGGCUGCGGACAUGGAGGCGGGAACCGAGCUCCUGUUUCCCUACCACCAGCCUCAAGAGUUGGACUCGCACGAUGAUAUGCAACGUCGCCUCAAACACUGGGGGUUCACAUGCAAUUGUGCGUUGUGUCAGGCCAAGCGCCCAAUGUCGGCGGCGCAGUUGAGCAAGCGCAAGCUGCUCAUGAAGAGCAUGCAGGGCAUUAUUGACUUGCGAGCCAACAAGCCACCAGCAAAAGGGCUCAGACUUCUCGACGAGCUGAAUGAGACUUACCCUGAGUCGUACCCUGCCGAGCUGCCGCGUCUCGAAAUUUGCUCAACUUGUUUUGCAAUGGCUAUGAAGUACAAUCAGCGCAGCGAUCUCCGCAAAACCGUUGAGAUGCUCUUACAAGGGCUUCAGGCCCUCGGCUACAAAAUCACAUCUGUUUGGCCGCUGAGUGACAGAGUCGCCGCCGGCGCGUCGCGUGCCCAAUUCGAGAUUAAGAAAUGGGGGUUGACGAAUGACAUGGUGCCGUGGGCGCUUGUCAACUUGUACGGAGCCUCGAAGUCCAUGGCGCCGAGUCUUUCGCAGCGCAUCCGCGAGUAUGCGCAGAGGGCAUACAGCAUAGUGGUUGGGGAGGGGGACACGUUUUUGCAAACUUUUCCUGCGGCUGUGUAG